UUUAAUUUUUCUUUUCAGGUUGGAAACUAUUCAAGAUAUAUUUUUAAUUAUUGCCAUUACAAUGGCACUUUAUGUAGUUUUCCUUCUUGUAUUUGGUAUAUUAGUGACUGGUGCCACACAUCGUCAUGUGUAUGGUGGAAUGUCAUGCAUAAUGGGGGGACAGACAUCAGCGAUUUUUUUAAUGGCUCUAACAUAUAUUUGCAAUAUAAUAUGGAUCCUUAUUAUAUCGGCGUGUAUUGUACCAAUUCUUUUAUAUGCUAUGUUCAUUGAACUUUGUAAUCAACAUGUAUUCAACAAAAAAGCAGAUGAUAUAAAAUUUUGUAUGGAUCUCAGUAAUUUUGGUAUAUUUAGUAACAGCUCCCAGAAAAUUGUCGGAGGUUUGACUGCAACUCCUCUUUGCUCACCAACCACUCUGCGACGGAUGUGUACUCGUACUGAAGAAUCUGGUCAACUCUUUAUUGUUGCUUAUAUUGGUGCAUUUUGCACCUCACUUGCAAUGGCCCAUUUUAUGACUAUCUUGGCAUCUAAUUAUACUCGCAUGAAACUGUCCAAAGAACUCACAGAUUACAGAAAUGCCGUGGAAAUGACUUCAUGAUUUUAACAUCAACAUCAUUCUAUGUUUUAUCAUCAUUGAUCCUUUCUAAAUGUUGUGCAGCACAAAACGUUUUUACCUGCUCAGAAAACUCUGGAAGUUUUCUUAUAUUUAAACACUUUCCAUUGUAAUUCCAUUAUCGUACACUGGUAUCUUUUAUAUUGUACAGUUUUGUCCAAAAGUGUGAAAUCAAAAUGAAUUUUGUAUAGACAAGUAGAAUCAUUAUCUAAUACAAGAAGACAAAGCUCUUUCGUGGAUAAGACUGCAUUGUGAAUCUCAAUCAAAAGUUGCAAGAAAAUAGAUUUAUUUUUCUAUUUUGCUAACAUCAUAGCAGAUCAUAAUCAACUGAUCAUAAUUGCUUGAAGUGUUUUGUAAAAUAUUGUAAAGUUAAAUGUGAAAUCAUCUUUGCUGUAUUAAACUAUAGUCUAGCAUGUUUGUGUGUAGAACAGUCGCAACAUUCCAAAUGUAUUUCAUCAUGAGUUACACUUGAGAUUUAUAGAGGGGGAGUAGUAACUCAUCGAUAUAGAAGACAUUUCUGGUGUUAAGAAACCUAGUUUUUGUGAUGUAAAUAUAGAGAUACUGUCCAAAUGGUUUCACCACAAGAUAUUAAUUGUGAUGUCUAGCAGCCUAGAAGUUUUAGUGAAUUAAAAAAAUUUUAGUCCUGGCUGGUUCCUGCAAAGGGACAUUACAAUGUAAAGCUGUUUCUUUAAUGCGUUGAUUUACUCUUUUACUUGUUUCAGUCAUUUGACUGUGGCCAUGCUGGAGCACCAUCUUUAGUCGAGCAAAUCGACCCCAGGACUUAUUCUUUGUAAGCCUAGUACUUAUUCUAUCGGUCUCUUUUGCUGAAUCGCUAAGUUACAGGGAUGUAAACACACCAGCAUCGGUUAUCAAGUGA